UGCUUUUACAGCCCCGGAUAGCUACUGGGGGGCGCGUCUGCAGAAGGGAAGCGGGUUUCAAUUUCAAACCCAAAUAGUCCAAGGGACGAGUCGGUAGAUUGUGGGAGAUUGUUUUGGACUUAAUCCACCGCGCUUGGUCGCAUGAAUCAUAUUUAGAUCCAGACUGUUUAUUUAUUCGUUCCUGUGGCUAAAGUGCACUGCUCUGCAUUCACGAAAAAGUAACCCGCAGCGCCUUCGCUCCAGUUUUUUUUUUUACGUCUGGUCCAUUGGUCAUUGGGUCGACGCUUGGCUUGUUUGUCGCUGGAGGUGACCACAGCGGAUACCGCCACUGAACUGAAAUCAGCAUUGCGUUUUAAUCACACGCCUCUGUGAGAUAGCAAGCGAUUUCUAGCAGAAGCAUGCCGAGGUCCAACAGGCAAAAGGAAUACAAGCCUGGAGAUCUGGUGUUCGCCAAAAUGAAGGGCUAUCCACACUGGCCUGCGAGGAUUGAUGAGUUACCUGAAGGAGCCGUGAAGUCGCCAUCUAACAAGUACCAAGUGUUCUUUUUUGGGACUCAUGAAACGGCAUUUCUCGGAGCCAAGGAUUUGUUCCCGUAUGAUGAAUGCAAGGAGAAGUUUGGAAAAGCCAACAAGAGGAAAGGCUUUGCUGAGGGGCUCUGGGAGAUCGAGAACAAUCCCACUGUCACACAUGAAGGCUAUGAGUCAUCAAAGAAGGACAACUCGUCACAAGGAGCCGGGGACACAGGCAGCUCAGAGAAAGCAGAGGCUGAGGGCAGCAGUGACGAGGAUGAAGGGACACUGGUCAUCGACGAGAAGAACGAGAAGGGAGCAACUAAACGAAAAGCAGAGGAGUCCACAGAUGCAUCUCCCAAGCGGCCAAAGGAUACAGAGGCAGAAGGUGACAGCAACAAAUCAAACACAGAGGCAGUGAUUAAUGAUGUGGCUGGACCCAAGGCAACAGCCCCCUCCUCGCAGAGCGAAGCCAAACCAGAGGCCCAGGAUAAUGCUGCCGUAGAGGGCCAGCUAACAGAAGAUAAGCCUGUGACAGACAGUGCUUAACAUCGACUCAGAAGAAAAGCUAGAACCUUCAAUGCUUCUCUCUGGAAUUCAAGCAUCAACAUAAUUACCCACAGAUGCAGAUUUCCGCUGUUUAAUUAUUAGGAGAACUUAGAAGAAGAAAAAAAAACUACACGUUUGUAUUUAGAAACAAACAAACCAACAUUUGCCAUUUUUGGGAUAUCAUAUAUCCCAGAAACGAACCAUUUGCUAAUCUGACUUCCAACAAUUGAACUGAGCACUUUCAGGCUCACGUGUAAAUGGGAUUUUGGUGUAUAUAUAUUUUUUAUUUCUAAGUGCAAUUACAUAAUUACAAAGACUGAAUGCUAGGUGUCAAAACAUUUUUCAGUUAGAGGGAAUAAAUAAACUGAAUACUAUAUAAAAAUAAUAGAACAUUUAAAUUGAAAUUUGACAGAUUCUUCCAUUUGAUGGUUUUAAAACAUAAAUAUUGUACAGAGAAAAAACAUUUUCACCCAUGCUCUCAACAGUAGUUCAUAAAUUAACUUCCACCCUAGUUGGUAUCACCUAGCUUCACCUCACUUAGUCCAUUAUUCAGUCAGCUGAUGUGUGACGAGUUGUACAUUGCCUUUUCUUGUUUGUUUUUUUUCCUCCAUUUUCAUUAUCUUCAAUUGUAGGUUUCUUCUGACAUUUUUAUGCAACACUGGUUUUGUUGCUUCGUGUGUUUGCUUCAUUCAAAAUGCUUGAUUCAGUAAUUUCCCUGCACGACAUGGGUUGACUUCUAAGCUUUUCAACGUACUGAGUAUAAAAACCCCAUCUUAAAGGACUGUUGCACCUGUUACUUUGCAGUUUCUCUCGCAGGAAACUGCCCCCUAAGUCUUCAGAGAAACGAUGAACAUAGUCGACAGCAGAAAGACAUUCCCGAAGGUUUUCUCAGCUUGGUCUUGAAGCAGUGGUGAUUCCUGGCUAAAUCUCUCAAAACCAUCACCUCAGCUCUUGUUUGUUGCCGUUAUUUCACAUUUAGCUCUCAGUAGUGCCGCCGUAGCUUUAGACUGAAGACGUUUUUUGUCAAGAACACUUAGAAAUGUGUUGUAUGAGAUGUUUCUUUUUCAGCUCAGAAAUGUAUCACUGAAAUUAUUCAUGCUAACAUGAUUUGCACAGUGUAAUUUUUUAAAAAGAAAUUGAAGAAAAAUCUGUGUCCGUUAAAAGAUUGAAUCAUCUGUAAAAUGGCUUUAAUUAUUUUUGGUUUUCCCAACCUUGUUAACUGGAAUUUGAGUCUGUUUUACUACAGUGGUCUUAUUGUUUGACUGUGAAACAAAGUUGUGGAUAUCAUUGUUCUCUCAUUGCUUUGGUGUUCUUUCAUGUAUGUGGCAGUGUUAUCAAGUCGUUAAAGUAAGGGAAAGCUCAUCUCUCCGGAAAAAAAAAUUAUUAAAAAAAUGUAAAAACCAAGUGUGAUAAGAUGGCUCACCUCAGAAAAUGUUUAAAGCGCCACUUGAAAUCUGAAGUUUAUUCCAAGUGUUUAAUUUAGUAUUCCAGUGUAAUUUUUGGUUUAGCUCUCUGUUCCUUUUGGACGCUGUCAUUCAUCUUAAUCUGCUGCUUAGUUUACCAUUGUAGUUGCCAGUCGAUUUAAUAAACAUGUUGAUUACAAAAAGAG